AUGUCGUCAUUAAAGCAGGAAAAGACCAAACACGGCAUGAAAGUCGCAUUCAGAGCUUUGGUCAAGCUCCAGGGACAUCUGAAAUUCAGCAAGUUCAAAAUGGUCAACAAAGACUUCAUGGAGAAGAUAGAAAUGGACGCAGUGGACAUGGUCGGCCCUCGUUUACACCCUCUGAAUGGGGUAAUCAAGUUUGGAAUGAGAUGUAUUAGCCAUUUGUUUGAAUUUGCCGUGUGA